CGGGAAGGAAACACAUGAUGUCGUGAAAGUGAAACAAACAAAAAGGAGAGGGGAGUGAACAGACCGUAGUCUCUCCUUCAAUUUCUUCGACAUUUUUCUCUUGCCUUCUUAAUGAUUCCAGAGCUGUACCUGUAUACGCCAUUGCUUGAGAGUUGAGACGGAGAUCUCUUGAAAGAACAAAACUGAAAGAAAGUAAAAUAAGAUAUUUGGAGAAGCCCUAAUUUUGUCGAUCGCAAUGUGGCAGUUCUUGUUAGCUGCAGCAGUUGCGGGAUCUGGGUUCUUCGCACGACAGCUCUUUAAGAAUGGCGACUCCAUUGUUGAGAAAUGUGAGGAGGAAGAGGAACAGGCUGUCGUGGUUGAGGAAGAAAGAAAAGAACUCUCAGAUCCUGCCAAAGUACAAGUUCCAUCCUCUCCACUUGCUUCUUCUCCUUCGGUUCAAAGUGGGCCUAAAGAAGUAGGUGGCUCUUUGAGUUCCGAGAGAUGGAAUUCGACGGCUGGACAAGAGGGAAUCUUCAGGUUUUCUAGUUCGGGUGGUGAGCCUGGACCUGGCUCUCGUUCACGGAAGAAAGCAGGUUUAGGGUCCACUGGACGGAAGAGGAAUGUAGGUGGUGAUAAGAGAAGAGUUCGGUUUCAGAAACUUGAGGGGAAGUCCGGUUCUACGGACAGUGAUGGAGUGGUGGUGUUCGACGAACAGAGAAAGAAAGGAAGGAAAUACUUUCUUUGCUUGAAGAGGAGGAGGACUGGAAAGAAUGCAAUUGGAAGUCGAGGUUCGUGUUCAUCUAAUGGUGAAGAAAUUUUCAAUUGGGGGCUUGGUGCUGGGAUUAUGUACAUGGUGUCAGCUGGGAGAGCAGAGAUCAAUAAACUAAACUCUACAAUAGAGGAAACCGUAAAAGUUGUUCAGGAAUUGAAAACUGAGCUUCACAAAAGAAAAUUAUCUCAUGAUCUGCAGGAUUCAAAUUGCAAUGGUAAAAGUGAUACAUACCCCAGAGAAUGUGAGGGCAAGCCUAAUCAACCAGUGACCAUUAAGUCAGGUGGAGUGGCAAGAGGUUUGAAUUAUCCCAAAUCUAUGGCCUUCCCAUUAAGUGAUGAUGGUGAUUGUGCCAGUAGUGUUCUUACUGAAGAACAGCAGCCAGAAGUACCAGAGGUAGAUCAGCUUGAAGCAGCAUUUGAGUCUGAACUGCGGAAAAUAACUUGCCACAACUUCAAAGAAGCAAUUGGCACUGAACAAAGAUCAGGACUGGGUGAGUUUGACAUAGAGCAUCCUUCAGACAUUGUAAAAAAUGGAGUUUUAGCUGAUGAGCUACCAGGUCCACAUGAAGAAGGCACAAAUUCUAACUCUCAUCAAUUUUGUGGGGUUUCUCCAUCUGAACUGGAUCAGAAACUAUGCCAUUUACUUAUCGAACAGCAGGAAAGCCAUAUCAUUGAGCUAGAAUCCAGACUCCAUUCAGCUGAAAAUAAACUUCACGAGAAAGAAGCAGAACUCCAAACUCUGAAAGACUGUGUUCGUCGACUCACAGAAUUUUCUUUAGAAGCAUCGUCAGAUGAAGAAAUAGAAUCAUGGAAGGUUGGGAAAGAGGGGGAGAAGGGCUAUGAUCACUCAUCCGCAGCUUCAGAAUUGCUUACAGGUAUUAACAAGAUAGGUGGGCAGGAUUCGGUGGUAGGAAUGAAAAGAGUGAUGGAGUUCUAAUCGUGUAAUUGUCACCUGAAUAACUUGCAGUCUCUGUACAAGAUGGGAUUCAUGUAAAUGUUCCAUUUAUAUGUGCUCAUUCAUGAGAAUUAACCAAUUUAUCUAAGCAUAAGCAUAUCUCUAUUUA